GAUCGGGCAUCGCGGAGCGGAGCCAGCAGGAAAGGAGCGAGGAGGACGGGGAGGGCGUGAUGGCAGUUUGUAACCGGAGAGAGAAAGGGAGGAGGGAUUCUGCCGCUUCUAUAUCUCCCUAGGUGGGUCCCGGCGUGGUCGGGAAGCGAGCAAGGAAGGAGGGAGCGAGAGAGGGCAGAAGGGAGGGAGCCGCAGCGCUGAGGCUGCCGGGAAGGAAGGAAAAAGGGAAAGCGGUGGCAGCAGUAGCAGCAGCAGCAGCAGCCGCGCCGGGAGCCGGAGCAACCGCGGCAGCGCAGUCCGCCCCAAAUCAUGGAGGCGAUCUCCGAGCGGGGGGGUGGGGUACCCCGACUUCUUCCCGAGUGGAGUCCGAGUUCGGAAUUGGCGGAAUGAGCUCGGAUUGCCCCUCGCACCGGGAACAUGGAUGAUAAAUCCAACAAGCUUCUCCUGGCCCUGGUGAUGAUCUUUUUGUUUGCGGUGAUCGUCUUGCAAUACGUCUGCCCGGGCACCGAAUGCCAGCUUCUGCGGCUGCAAGCGUUCAGCUCCUCCAUAGCAGACCCGUACCGGGCGGAAGACGAGACCCCGGCCAAAUUCGUCCCCCGAUUUAAUUUCACGGAAGAUGACCUCCUGCGGAAGGUAGAUUUCAACAUCAAGGGGGAUGACCUGAUCGUGUUCCUCCAUAUCCAGAAGACGGGAGGGACCACUUUCGGUCGCCAUCUGGUCCGGAACAUUCAGCUGGAGCAGCCCUGCGAGUGCAAAGCCGGCCAGAAGAAAUGCACUUGUCACCGGCCGGGGAAACGGGAGACCUGGCUGUUCUCCAGGUUUUCGACCGGCUGGAGCUGUGGAUUGCACGCAGACUGGACCGAGCUCACCAACUGCGUCCCCUCGGUGGUGGACAACAAAAAAGAAGUCAAACUGAGACCCACCAGGUCCCCAAUAAAAAUGAAAUUUGCAGACACAAGUGUUCCUGGAAGGGUUUGGUAUCAAGAUCUUCAAAGGAACUUUUACUACAUCACCAUCCUUCGAGACCCGGUGUCCCGAUACCUGAGCGAGUGGAGGCACGUCCAGAGGGGAGCAACGUGGAAAGCGUCAUUGCACGUGUGCGACGGAAGGUCCCCCACAACCGAAGAGCUGCCCAGUUGUUACACGGGGGAUGAUUGGUCGGGUUGUUCCCUUAAGGAGUUUAUGGAUUGCCCCUAUAAUUUAGCCAACAAUCGCCAGGUCCGCAUGCUGUCUGACCUGAGUCUGGUUGGAUGUUACAAUUUGUCUGUCAUGGCAGAAGAGCAAAGAAACAAAGUUCUUCUAGACAGCGCAAAAGAGAACCUCAAACGCAUGGCUUUCUUUGGGCUCACUGAGUUUCAAAGGAAGACUCAGUACCUGUUUGAGAAAACUUUCAGUAUGAACUUCAUCUCACCAUUUACACAAUAUAAUAGCACAAGGGCAUCUAGCGUGGAAAUAGAUGAACAGACUCAAAAACAUAUUGAGACCCUCAAUUUUUUAGACAUGGAAUUGUAUGAUUAUGCAAAAGACCUUUUUUUGCAAAGGUAUCAAUAUAUGAGACAGAAAGAGCAUCAAGAAGCCAGACGGAAGCGUCAGGAGCAGCGUAAGAUCCUGAAAGCAAAACAAGCUCACAAUAGAGAGCAGACUGACAAUGCAACUACUGAUUACAUAGGGAAUGUAGAGAAAUGGCGAUAAUAGAAACUUGAAAAUUGAUGAAGAUUAGUCCAAAAGCGCCAAUAAAACCAUAACCAGUCUUAGAAGAUGAAAUAGCUCAAAUUCUGCUUCUUCAGUAUUGGAAGCAAAAAGGUUAAAAUGUUGCCUUUGCAGUUGCCUUUGCAUUCAUGUUAUACUGUAUGUGGGUAAAAUAACCUCAGUGUGUAAUUCAGUUGUCCUUUUUUAGGUUUGUUGGACUAUUUACGAAAAACAAAAGCCAACAAGGUUCACCCAAAAUGGAUGCUUAGACACUUCAAGAAGUUCUUACAGUAUCUAAAAAAUACUAGCCUGAAAGAUAAGAAUGACCCUUUAACUUAUGGUUGAUAAUUUAUUCUUGAUGCACUGUUGAAAUUCCAUUGUCAUUUUUUUCCUUGCUGAGCAUUAACCAACCCGAAAGAGAGAAGGUUAAACAUAGUCUUUCACUUUCUUUUUAACUUGAAUCUGAAAAAAUGAAAACAUCAGCUGCUUGGAGCAGUUUACCAAGCUGUGCAAUUUGAAAAGUGUCUCCCCAAAAGAAAUUGCUGGUGUUAUAAAUAUUGACUUAAAAAAAAGUCAUGCAUCUUAUUGUGUAAAGAACUAUUUAAAAUUUUAAACUUAUUAUACCUGUUUUGAGAGUUUUAAAACUGGAUUUCCCUUGCAUUGAGGCAUUUUUACAAACUAAAAGCUAAGGGAAAGAAAGUUUCCAGAAUUUCAGGGCAAUAUAAUUUCAAACAUUCUGGAAGAGUUAUAGCACAUUCAGCAAAGACUUCUCCAAAUUGUGUUUGUUCAAAAAUGAACCAAUUUUAGUCAUUUUUCUCAUACAUCUAAGCUUAUGUUGCUGAAUUUACUGUGGUUAAUACAUGAUUAAGCUAGAAAAAUAUCUAUCUCUAUGAUGUUGUCCUAUCAAUGUUUGUAUAGCAAUGCCCUAAUCAAGAAACUCUCUGGUAGUGACAGUGUGUUCUUCCUUAAGAUUACUGAAGUUAUUUUUGAUCAAUUGGAAGUAAAAUUUACCUUUGAACUGUUAUUUGCUUUCUGAAUCUUUUCUAUAAUGUUGCAAAUCAAGCUUGCUAAAUUUAUAAAGCAUUAGUCCAUCCUAAUGAUGGUGGAUUGUAGGUAACUGUUAUCAUAAAUAUUAACAGCCAUAGUUAUUCAAUAACACAACUUGUCCUUUAAAAAUAGGAUCAAGUAGCUAAAUGAAAUAAUCAUAAUGGGAUCUGGAUUUAAAGAACUGCCUAGAAUGUUCUUGGGUAAGUGUUACCACCCAGUGUGCCAUGGGAGUUAACUCUUAAAAUGAAGAGCCUUUUACUUUUUUGCGGACCUUUUGAUAGGUUGGGGUAAGGGGUGGCACGGGGGGAGGGCAGAGAAAACUAGAGAGAGAGAGAAGAGUUCCGCAAUAGCACUUAAGAUUUUAUAAUAAUAAUGAAGUCUCAAGAAAAUAGAUUAGUGGAGAAGAAUGAUUUGAUAGGAUAUUCUCUAUGCAAAAAUACUGUAAAGAUACCAAUUAUAAGUUCAGCAAGUUCAGAAAUUUUGUAUGUAGCCCACUACGCUACUAAUGCAUUGGAAUUACUGGCAAUUUCAAUUUUACAUGCUUUGUUACACUUUGUAAAAGACAACCAGCCAACUGACCUUCUUGUCACCGGUAGGUAGCUGCAGGCAUCUGAAUGUGGCAUUCCUGUUCUUAAUACAAUGCUCAUUUGCACUAUGUAUUUUCAUCCGUACUAUUAUGUAAACAUCUGGGGCAGAAAGCAGAAAAUAGGCUUUAAAAAUGCAUUCUUAUUACUCUGAGCCUGUGUCGGCGAUUAAAAGUCCCGUUACAUCUGACAAAUGAUAUUGGCAGUGCUGGGAGUUCUAUGAUUUGAAAAACUAGAAAUAAAACUCCACAAAGUCAAAUGAAGACAGUACUUUGGAGAAAAUGAGAAUCACUUCCUUUAUAGUGGGUUUUUUUUUUUUUUGAGAAGCCCAAACACCAAUGUGGUCUCUCAGUUUUAUUUUACUUUUUAUUAAAGAAAUUUGCUCUUAAAACUGAAAGGCAAUGCUGUACACAGGACAAAACUCUAAACCAGUUUAAGAGCCCAUUGAGAAGAUGCAUUUUGUGUUUAUGCUGUGGUGUGCAUGGUUUACAGAGAUUAGGUACAUUUUAUUUGUCUAUACUGUUUAUUGUAUAUAGGGGGGUGUAUGAAUAUAAAGAUACAGUUUUGUCAUAACCAUAUAAAUUCUACUGAUUUCCACUUGUAGACCUCUGUCUAAUUGUGUAGAUCUACAAACCAUUCCACUGACUUUGAUUGUGUAAUUUAACAAUAGAACUGAAAUAAAAUUUAACUACAGUCUUGGA